AUGUGUACAAACAAAAAUAAAAUUAUUAUUCGUCUAUUAAUGUUUUCAACAUUUUAUUUAAUGAUUUAUUUAACUACUACAGAUGCUUUUGGGGGAUUUUUAAAUUGUCUCAAGCCAAAACUUCAAAAAUCAAAAAACCGCGGAAUUGAAAUCGAGAAUAAUGAUCUAGUGGAUAAUAACAUGACCAAAGACACCCUUCAUAUUUCUCAAAGCAAGGCAGAAAUUUCCAAACCAAUUGGCAAACAAAUAUCUGAAGAUAUAAUUGGAGAGAUAAGAAGUGUAAAGAAGUUCACCGAGACUUCCCAUGCUUCACCAUCAAAUAGUUAUUCUGCCAAACCCUCAAGUUCAAAGACACCUUCCAAAAACUAUUCAAAAAGUCAGCAAAAAGGAAAGAAACUACCCACAAUACAGGAAGGAUGCAUAUAUUACAAUCAGGGAAAGUACAAUGAAAACAUGGAAAAACAGCUUGAGUGGGAAAUUCAUUCUCUCAAAACAUUAAUUGGACAUAUGUAUGAAAAACAUAAUGUACCAGAAGGCGCAGAAAUUUUCCUUAAUGAUAUUUUAAAGCCAGAAGAAUUAAAAGAAUUUAUCGAAAACAUAUGCCAAGCUAUAAAUUAUGCUGAAAACCAAAAUCAUCUAAUUCAGUUAUUAGAUGGUUUUAUGAGCGAGAACGAAAAAAUGCUCGAGAAAGAGAAGAAAGAAGGGGAAAAACCAAAAGAAUUAACUCCAGAACAAAUAGAGAUGAAGUAUGUCCGAGAAAAUUAUGAUGAAAUAAUUAAUGUAAUUAAUAAUGAAAAUAUAACAACGACUGGCUAUAGUUUACGUGAGGAUAUUCGAAAUAUACUUGGAAGACUUAUACAAAAAAUAUCUAGUCAAGGAAAAUUUUAUGAUUAUGAAGGAAUAGAAAUGUCUAGUGAAGAAGAUUGAAAGAAUCAAGAGUUAUAGGGAAUUUUACAAGAUUUGAACAAAAACGGACGGAAGAAAAAAGGAGUGGAAGAAAUGUAGAGUUGUAUAAACAUAGGAGCGUCUUUCGACAGAAAAGAUAAUAGGGAAACAAAAUGAUGUAAUGCAUAUAGCUAUU